AUGCCAGGAGACUUGGGAAAAGCAACGGGACAACGCGGCACCGCCAGUCGGAGGCAGGGACACGCACGGCACCGCCAGACCGUCUGCGCGCGGCAGCAGACCACGAGGAACGAGCAGCACAGAACCGCGGAGGGGCCCCGCGGAGCAGCCCGCAGAAGAGCCCGCAGAGGAGGAGAGCAGUGGGGAUAUGCGAACCACAGCAGGUGCAGGGACGCGGAGGAAGAGCAGACCAUGAGCAGCCAGACUGAGGACAGCCGGGCCACGCGCACGAGCAACACACUUCAGAAGAUCGGGAAGUGGGCGUCUCCGGCUUUUAACUUGCUGUCCUGGUGGUUAUUGGUUGACUGGGUGUGGGCGUUGCUGGUAUUGAUGAGUCGAGGAAGAGCAGCCUGUGGCCUGGCAGCAACAGCCGGGUCUACCACGGUGAACUUUCGCGAAAGCUCCAUAUUGAAAGUUUUUGAGUAA